UCCAGCAGCAGCAGCAGCAGCAUCAGCGAGCAGCGAACACCCAGGGAAACCCAGGAGAUAAACUAAAGACAAACCACGUCAGUGUGUUUCUGCUGCAGCCUGAAGCUUCCUCCGCAAACAAGGCACCACACUGCGAUACAAUGAAAGUGGCUGUGGUUUUCGUACUCCUCUUCGCCACAGUGCUCUGUCGGCCGGCAAGAAAAGUUUCUGACAGCAGUUCAGAGAGCUCUGAAGAAGUGGUGAGACGACCAGCAGUCCAAGCUGCUAGAAAACAGGCCGUAGUGGUUCCUAAAUCUCGUCCAGCAUCUGUGCAGAACAUCGUAGCAGCAGCAGCUGCUGGGUCGGAUGAGAGUUCGGAUGAGGACGAGCAGGCGGCACCAGAGGCACCGGUAGAAGUCAAGUCUGACAGUACAGACACCGCCUCGGCCUCAACUACUGCCUCUGUCAGCAGCAACGACAGCGAAGACAGCAACGAUGAUGAUGACGAUGACGAAGAAGAAGCAGAGGAGAGCGAAACUGAGGAAGAGGAGGACGAGUCCAACUCUGAGUCUGGUGAGUCCUCCACCGUUGCUCCUGCUACCGUCACCCCCGUGGUAGUCACGGAGGGGCCCGUGGCUGAGACCACCGCCGAGCCCAUUGUGCCCACCAUCGUCACUGACCCUGAGACGGCCCGUGGCGACAACAUGGGAGGUUACCCCAGCGAAUACAAGUCCAUCGUCUACGUCGAGGACAAGUCCUACCAUAAGGUUCCCGUUCCCUACAAGUCCUAUGAGUUUGUCGAAACGGGAAAGAAGACGGCCUAUGACAUGACCGACGGCAAUGAGGUGGAGAAGUCACUGAAGGUGUACAAGGCUAUCCAAGUCCACUCUGACCUCCUGGAGGAGGACACCAGCACCCCUGAGGUGGAGAGCCAGGGCCUGGACGCCUCCUCUGGAACAUCUCAGGACAUCAGCCCACGCCAGGCCUCCCUGCCAGAGGAGGAAGAGAGCACUAGCACCAGCGAUGCCACCAGCGAGAGUGAAAGCACCAGCACUCCUGAGGAAGAGGAGGCAGAGGAAGACGAGAGUGCGAGCACCUCCAGCGACAGCGCCAGCGCCAGCCAGGAGGCGGAAGAAGAGGAGAGCGAGAGCAGCGAGGAGGCCACGGCCACGCCCGGAGCUGCCGACAGCGACUCCGACGAGAGUGACAGUGCUGAGAGUGACUCAGAUGAGGAGGGGGCGGGACCUGACACUGUCACUGACAUUCCACCAGUUAUUACCGCCAAAUAAGUCCAGCCCACUCAGGAAAUGGAUAGUGUGGAUAGUGGAGUCAGAUUUGCAUAAAGAGCACAGGCUGCAUCCAGGUGCAAAACCCCCCAUCCCCAGCCAUUUUCCACUGCAGGGUCAAACAGGGACAACCGAGACUUAAUUAUUAUUGAUUGUAAUAUGUUAUCUGUUAUUGUUUGUGCAUUUAAAAAACAAGCACAAAAAAAAGUUUAAUUUAAAUAAACCAUAAAUUUCUGCAUCCUGUGGUCUAGUAUUAAUGGUCUGUGCCAUGUUUGAUCCCGCAGGGAAAAAGGGGGUCGAUGUAACUUUAAGGGAUGUUGGAAAUGACAACUGCUACCUGCAACAAGGGUUUACUGACCUCAAGACUCUUGCCUCCUCCCCUUCCCCCUCUGUCACUGCUGGGUACAAGGUCAAAACUGGAAAAGAACAAAGAAACAAACAAAGUCCUGAUAUCUACACUAGCAAGACACUGCAUUUAUCAUUAAUUAAUAACUGCUAUACUCGAACCUACAUAGUUAUUGUGCCUAUAAAGUGCAUGGUUGAUUGAAAUAAUCACUUCAAGUGUAAGAAAAUUUUAACUUGACAUUAAGCCGCACAUUGUUUGCCAGUGCGGCUUAGCUUUCUUGCUCGCUAAAUUGCGCUGGUGUAGAUGAAAGGAUGCAAACAGAGAGAAACUCACCGUCCAGUACAGAGUUCAAUCAGCUGUACAUGCAGUACAUACACAUAUACAACACAGCCCUGUUUAUUUGCACAGUUCCUACCUACACUACAUGUUGUUUGUCCCAUGUUGUUUACUGUAAUGUAUCAUAUUGUACCAUUUCUAAAAUAUUAAUAAAGUUCUUUUUCAUAAAA